UAAAUAUAAACACCUCUCUCUCUCUCUCUCUCUCUCUCUCUCAAUGCAUAAAUAAUUUUAUAUAGUCCAAGCUUUUUCUUGCCUGCUUCUUUCACACAGCCUGUCAAGCUUGAAUUAUAAGAUCAUGAUUAUAAUUUUUUAGAAACAGGCUUGUUUUGUUGUUUCUCUAAGUAAAGAGAGAGAGAGAGAGAUAAAAGACUAUUCUGGGUUGUCAAAGAAAGAGAUAUUCAUUGCUGAAGUGCUAGUCAUCUAUCUAUCUCUAUCUACAAAUUCACCAAAAUAUUGUACAAUUGCUUGGGUUGCUCCGUCCAUUUUUCUCUAAAAACAUGAGUUAUGGACGCUCAUGAGGAAGUAAUUGGCUUCUUUUUCUUUCAGCUCUGAUUCAUAAUUGGACUGGCUUUUAGCAUGAAUAAGGAGGAAGAUGUUCAAUGAGCCUUUCCGGAGAGAUUCGAGAUCUGGUUACCUUUUUAUGCAGAGAUGGGAACUAAACUUGAACAUGCCUUCAAUCUUCCAGCAUCUUCACCAAAUAGCAAUAGCUCUAGUGUUCAUUGUGUGGAUGAACUGGACUAUUUGCAAACUAGAGGGUUGAAUAUUAGCUUCCAAAUUAUUGGACUGGACAAGAAUCGAAGCUCUGUUAAUGACAGAAUGCCCCAAAAACACAACGUAGAUUUCAUCAAAAAGACAAUGCAGAUGCAUGAAGUUACAUUCAAACAACAGGUGAGGGAGCUCCACAGGCUAUACAGUAUACAGAAGAUGUUAAUGGAUGAGCUGAACAAAGAAAUUAAACAGAAUAAGAAGUACAGGAGUCCCAUGAGUAGUAGUUCAGAUAUUAAUGUUCAAUCUCAAUUCAUUAACCAGCAUAAUCCCACAACACAAACUAGUUAUCUGUAUAGUUUUAACUUUCAAGGCUUGAGCCCAAGGGAAAGAAGCAGUAGUUGCUCAGGUGAGACCAGAAGAAUGACUACAAGGGGAUUUGAUCUUGAGAGGCCUGCUGCAGAAGAAGACAUAUCAACUGCUGUUAGUACUGCCAUUGAUGAUCACAGGGCAGCAGGGGCUAGCUCUUUCAUCCCCUUGAAAGGGAAUUAUAAAAUGAGCACCUAUGGCUCCGAUCAAGAAAGUGAAGUGGAGCUAACAUUAAGCAUUGGAGGCAGCAGUACCAGCACCAGCAGCAAGAAGAUGAUCAUGUCCACAAAUAAAGAACUGGGAUUCUCUGAACAAAUAAACAAGCGUACGAAGGAGCUUGAUUCUCCUGCAUCAAUUAAGUCCGAAAAAGGAGAAGAUUGCAGCACCCCAACAACCCCCAUGAGCAGCUAUAGUUCGACGUUUGAUCAUGAAAGAAAACAACCACAUUGGCUUUUCCAAGGUUUAAGCUUGAACAGGACUACUUGAACUUUAAUUUCUGACUUGUAUCAGUGUAAUAUCCUCAUUUUUUUUUAUAUUUUGAUGACUCAUAGUUGCCAAAUUAAUCUUAUAAAUGGAUAAUCGAGGAGUACAUAGUGUGAAUAGCACAUGUACAAAACUCUGUUCAACUAUUUUUGCUGUCCA